AUGAACCGAAGUUGGGAAGGCGGCUCAUCACUGGACCAGUUUUGCGGCUCGCAAUUCUGGAAUGCGGCCCUGUUGGACUCGGCGGAUCCGGAUGUGACGUCAUGCUUCCAUCAGACGGUCCUGGUGUGGGUUCCGUGUGUACUCCUGUGGACAGGCGCGCCUCUCUACCUCCGCCGCCUGCGCACACACAGCAAAGUAGUCCGCAGCGACAUGUCCCGCAUCCACCUGGCAAAAAUAACCCUGACGGCGCUCAUGUUGCUGCUGACGCUGGUUGACCUCCUGACGGCCGUGAGUGAGCUGACGUCACACGGGGACAUUCCUGCCGUGAGGAUCGUCAGACCGCUACACCUGGCUCUCACAAUGGCCCUGGCCGGGACCCUGCUGCAGUAUGAAGCGGAGAGAGGCGUGCCGUCCUCCGGGCUUCUCUUCACGUUCUGGCUGCUGACCAGUCUGUGUGGAACCGUCACGGCUCGCUCACAGAUCCGACAGGCAGUCAUGCAGGAGUCUGUGGAGGACCAGUUCAGGUCCAUGAUGUUCUGGCUGUACUUCAUCAUGACCGUGAUGCAGCUGAUCCUGUCUACUGUCAGCGAUGUCACCGGCUUCACCAGGGAUCAGACUCGAAGCCCAGAAGAGUCGAGCUCCUUCUUAUCAAGAAUAACUUUCUGGUGGUUCACUCCUCUUCUGAUGUUGGGAUACAAACGUCCACUGAAGUCCACGGAUCUCUACCCGCUGAAGGAGGAGGACACAUCUCAACAACUCGUCCCGAAGUUCUAUCAUCUGUGGCGAAAGGAUCUGUCAAGCUCACAAGACGUCCCAAGCAAAGAAGGAUUCAAAGUUCCACCCAAGGACGAAGGCGACCCAUCGAAAGGCAAGGCGGGCACGGUCUCUCUGUUUACGGCGUUGUUCCGCUGCUUCUGGCCGCUCGUUACCGUCACUGCUCUAUUCCAGACGGUCACCAUCAUUCUGGGCCUCGCCGCUCCUCAGAUUCUCAAGCUUUUGAUGGGCUUCACAAAAGACAAGGAGGAACACCAGUGGAAAGGCUAUCUGUACACCGCUCUGUUAGCAGCUCUGUCAGUUGUCUAUUGCCUGGCUGAUACCCAGUUCCACAAGCGGUGUAAGACCCUAAACCUGCGACUCAAGACCGUUCUCACAUCUGCAGUUUACAAAAAGUCUUUGACAGUGACUAGUGAAGCUCGGAAGACGUUCACAGUCGGCUCCAUCACGAACCUGAUGUCCGUGGAUGUCCAGAGGGUGGCGGACACCUGCUAUGACCUUCAGUUCGCCUGGUCCGUGCCGUUCAGGAUGGCGGGCUCGCUGUACUGUCUGUGGAACGUCCUGGGGAUGACUGCUGCUCUGUCCGGGGCCACCGCCUGUGUGCUUCUCUUCCCCUUUUACAGCUGGAUGGUCUCAAAGAUGAAAGAACUAGAGAGAACACUCAUGGAGCACAAGGACUCCCGGAUCAAGCUGAUGAACGAGGUUCUGAACGGCAUCAAGGUGCUGAAGCUGUACGCCUGGGAACUGUCCUUCAAGGCCAAGAUUGACGACAUCAGGGCGAAGGAACUGAAGGCGAUACAACGUUUAGGCUACACGCACGCCGGACUCGCCUUCACAUGGAACGUCACAACUCCCCUGGUUUCGUUUGCGAUCUUUGCUGCGUACGUUCUGAGCGACGAGAAAAACGUCCUGGACGCGGAGAUUGCGUUUGUGGUCCACUCCCUCAUGGAAGGUCUGCAGUUCGCAUUCGCCGUCCUUCCACACUUGUACAACAACAUUCUACAGGCGAAAGUCUCUCUGAGCCGUAUAGAAGAUUUUCUUGGACAGGAUGAAUUGAAUCCUGAUAAUGUGCAAAGAGCCGAGCCAGGUCCUCCAAUAUCGGUACAAGAUGGAACGUUCAGCUGGGGUAGCAAAGAAGAACCCAUCCUGAAAGAUAUCAACCUGAGCAUCCCCGAAGGUGCGCUGGUGGCUGUGAUUGGUCAGAUCGGUUCGGGAAAGUCCUCCCUUCUGUCAGCUCUGCUGGGAGAGAUGGAGAAGACAAAUGGACGCGUUUCUGUCAAGGGAAGCACUGCUUACGUAUCGCAACAACCGUGGAUCCAAAACGCCACCUUGCGGGACAACAUCCUGUUUGACAGCCCCAUGAACAGGUGCCGGUAUGACGAGGUCCUGGACUCCUGUGCGCUGGGACCGGAUCUGGAGAUGCUGUCGGGAGGAGACCUGACAGAGAUUGGGGAGAAGGGUAUUAACCUCAGCGGCGGGCAGAAGCAGCGGGUGAGCCUGGCCCGUGCGGUGUACAGCGGCGCGGAUGUGUACUACCUGGAUGACCCGCUCAGCGCCGUGGAUCCUCACGUAGGACGCCACAUCUUCGACCACGUCGUCGGUCCUAACGGCUUGCUGAAAAAUAAGACUAGACUGUUGGUGACCCACGGUACCAGCUUCCUGCCGCAGUGUGACCGGGUCAUCGUCCUACAGGACGGCAGGAUAUGGCUCAUGGGGGACUUCAAGACCCUAGUGGACCAGAACAGGGAGUUUGCUGAAUAUAUCCGUACCUACACCAACAUGGCGGAGGGAGAGUCCUACACCAACAUGGCGGAGGGAGAGUCCUACACCAACGGACUUCGAAGGCGACUACAAGGUGAGAGCAAAGAUCUAGGUCAAGACCAAAAUGGCGGUCAAGAUCAAAGUCAGCAAACACCAGUGGAGGAGCAGAGGAAGGAAAGUAAACUCAUGCAGGAGGAGGAAGACGACGAUAUCGGUGGGCUUGGUGGGAUAAAGUUGUCAGUGCUUAGAGACUACAUCAAAUCCUUCGGUGUCGGCUUGUUCACCUGCUUGUGUCUGCUGAACUGUGGCCACCUCAUCGCAAACAAGUACUCCGUCAUAUGGCUGAGUGACUGGACCAACGACAGCGCCACCAACGACACCCUGUCAAUCAACCGGAACUAUCUUCUACUGGGUGGUUAUGCCGCACUUGGCCUGAUGCAAGGUAGAGCCUGUGCGCUGUUGAAACAUGUGUGUGUGUCUGAGGGCGCUGUCCUUGCCGCCAAGCGCGUCCACGACAAGGCCUUACACCACCUCCUCCGUGGACCGCUCCAGUUCUUCGACGUUACCCCGCUGGGUCGGAUCAUCAACCGGUUUUCUCAGGAGGUGGAGCGCGUGGACAGGGGGAUUGGCGGGAUGAUCAUGCACGGCAUCUUUUGCGUCCUGUUGUCCUUCAGCACCUUGUUCAUAGUCAGCUUCUCCACGCCACUUUUCGUCGUGAUGCUACUGCCGAUAGCUCAUCUCUACUUCUACAUGCAGCGAUACUUCAACGCAACAAUCCAGCAGCUGAGGAGAUUCCAGUCCAAGAGCAGCACCCUGAUCCACACCCACUUCAGCGAGACGCUGCAGGGGGUCAGCACCAUCCGGGCCUUCAACCGCUGCACACAGUUCGUGCAACAAAACCGGGCAAGGGUGGACGAACACCAGACGGCAUUUCACUCUAGCGGCAACGCAGAACUCUGGCUGAAGGUAGGACUGGACAUGGCUGGAAGUGCCGCCACCUUGUUCGCUGCCCUGUUCGUAGUACUCGGACGGGAGAGUCUCAGCCCAGGAACUGUGGGAUUAUCUAUAUCAUCCGUACUUCAUAUUGACGGGAUAUUGACGGCGAUAAUUCACAUCAUAGGACGGAUGGAGAGGAACAUGGUGGCCUUCAUGAGGAUGGAGGAAUACGCAGAGACACCUGCAGAGGCUGACUGGAUUGUUGAGGACCACAGACCACCCGACCACUGGCCGACUGAAGGGAAGAUCAGCCUAAGUUCGUACCAGACUCGCUACCGCGAGGGGCUGGACCUGGUCAUCAAGGACAUUACAGUCAACAUCAACAGUGGCGAAAAGAUAGGGAUCGUGGGUAGAACCGGAGCUGGGAAGUCGUCCCUCGUGUUGGCCCUCUUCCGCAUCAUUGAAGCAGCAGGAGGAGAAAUCGUCAUCGACGGGGUGAACAUUUCUGACAUCGGGCUGCACGACCUGCGAUCACGCAUCACCGUUAUUCCACAGGACCCCGUUGUGUUCUCGGGCACACUUCGCGUGAACCUGGACCCGUUUGAGAAGCACACAGACGCGGAGAUCUGGCGCGCGCUGGACCUGUCUCAUCUCAAGGACUUCGUCACCGGCCUGGACAAACAGCUGGAUCAUCAAGUCAGCGAGGGGGGAACAAAUCUCAGUGUUGGGCAGAGACAGUUAGUUUGCCUGGCUCGUGCCUUGUUGAGGAAGUCCAAGCUGCUGGUUCUUGACGAGGCUACUGCGUCUGUGGACCCUGAGACAGACGCCCUGAUCCAGGCUACCAUCCGGGCACAGUUCGCCGACUGUACAGUGCUGACCAUCGCGCACAGGCUCAACACUAUCAUGGACAGCACCAGGAUCCUGGUGCUUGAUGGCGGGAAGGUAGCGGAGUUUGACACGCCAGAGAAUCUAAUCAGUUCUAAGGGAAUCUUCAGUAGUAUGGUCCAAGAUGCCGGUCUGGCAAAAGCGGAGUGUUAA